AUGGACGAGAAGAAAGAACGUGUAGCAGACACACAUCAUCACGCGGCAGCAACUACAGAUCGUGCAAUAAGAGGUAAGGUUGGUUUAGUUAUGGGGGUGGCGAUGGUGGUCGUGAAGGCGACGAGAGGGAUGAGAGGUAGAGAGAUGAGGGGUUUGGAAAAAAUGAGGUGGGGUGGAGAGAGCAGCGGCGCAGGCGGCAGGCGCGAAGGGCAAAGCCUUCCUUUUCUAAAUUUCCACCGAUUUCUGACCGAAGUGACGAAAUCCGAAUUGACCGAACACGAACAAGACUACAGCAGCCUUCCUGUUCCACCGCGCGUGACUACUGAGCUCAUCUGUCGAGUGCCGACUGCUCACUGCUGGAAGUUGCUGGAGGCUGGAAGGCUGGAAUUUAGAAUCAUGGAGAAAUAUUUUAAGCGAAAAUUCGUAUGUUUAAGUGGAGAGCAAAUUAAUUCUGAAACGAAACUACCUUUGGAUCCUAGAUUAAGAACUCCAAUUGUGAAUUACAAUGUUAAUGUUCAGGAUGAAAUCCGAAGAACAUACGUACAAAAGGGUUCAUGUCAGCCUCGAAAUCACUUGUGUCCACAGAAAGAAUUUGGAGAUUCGUCUUUAAGUAUAUUUAAAAUUUCGUGGUUUAAUGACUUUCCUGAUUGGUUGGAAUACAGUAUAGCAAAAGAUGCCAUAUUUUGCUUUUAUUGUUAUCUUUUCAAACCAAAUAUUGAAGAACAUGGUGGUAGUGAUUCUUUUAUUGAUGGAGGGUUCUCAAAUUGGAAAAAGAAAGGAAGGCUUCAAACUCAUGUCAGAAAAAGUGGUAGUGCACACAAUCGAGCUCGGAUUAAGUAUGAGGCUUUUGUGAAUCAGAAACAAAAUAUUGAUUGUGUUCUCUUUAAGAAGUCGAAAAAAACAAAAGAUGAGUAUCAAAUUCGUUUAAAUGCAUCAAUUGAUUGUUGGUUAUGUGAUCAUAAUAAAGAGAUUAAGGAUAUUUGUUUGAGUAAUGCUCCGAAAAACCUUCAGUUAACAUCACCUAAAAUUCAAAAGGAUAUUGUGAAUGCUAUUGCAUUUGAAACACUUGAUGUUAUUAUGAGGGAUAUUGGUGACAGGUUAUUUUCCAUUCUUGUUGAUGAAUCUCGUGAUGUAUCAGAUUCUAUUGAUCACUUAUUCUCUCGAUUUAACUUAAGUAUAUCUAGUUUAAGAGGUCAAAAUUAUGACGGGGCGAGCAACAUGCGAGGUGAGUACAAUGGUCUUAAAGCACUUAUUUUGAAAGAUAAUUCAAGUGCUUUUUAUAUACACUAUUUUGCUUAUCAACUACAACUAGCUCUUGUACCUGUGGCAAGCAAGCAUGCAGAAAUUGAAACAUUCUUUACUUUAGUGAAUAAAGUAAUACAUGUUGUUGGUGGAUCGGCUAAGCAAUGUGAUCUUCUUCGAGAGAAGAAGAGGCUUGAAGUUGUUGAAUCAUUAAAUCUUGGUGAAAUCUCAAGUGGAAAGGGCCUUAAUCAAGAAACUACUCGUAAGCGACCUGGUGAUACUCGUUGGGGCUCUCACUAUGAUUCUUUGCUUAACUUGAUUAUCAUGUUUUCUGCUACAGUUGAUGUCGUUGAGACGAUUGCCACUGAUGAUACUAGUUGUGGAAAGCGAGGGGAAGCACGUAUUUUGUUGGGAUCUAUCUUGACAUUUGAUUUUAUGAAUUGUCAAAAUCAUUACAAAGGAGAGAUCAAGAUAUUGUUUACGCUAUGA